AUGGUGAGUGGAAAUUGUGUCAGUUGGAAGUCUCAGCUUCAACCAGUAGUAGCACUCUUAACUACUGAAGCUGAGUACAUGGCUGCAACAGAAGCUAUCAAGGAAGGGAUCUGGAUUCAAGGUUUCUUAGAGGAGAUGAAGAUUUUAAAUGAAAAGGCUACUGUUUAUUUAGACAGCCAAAGUGCUAUCCAUUUAUGUAAAAAUCCUGUAUUCCAUGACAUGACAAAGCAUAUUCAGAUAAAAUAUCAUUUCAUUCGUGAGAAGAUCUCUCAGGGAGUAAUAAACAUUGAGAAGAUUCCAACGGAGGAAAAUCCUGCAGACAUGGGAACUAAGGUGGUGACACUUAGCAAAUUCAAGCAUUGUCUUGAUUUGCUGGCAAAACAGGCAAGGAAAGCGUUGAGAGCCUUGAAAGGGCUGGUGAGACUUCAAGCAAUAGUUCGUGGCCGAGCCGUGAGGCACCGAACAGUCGCGACUUUGAAGCGUCUACAAUCCUAUAGAGAAAGACAAUCAGAGGUCCAAGAUAAGAUAAUUCCUGAUAGAGAGGAAUGUUACAAUGAUUGUGAAAAGAUGUCUUCCCAACCAAAAAAGGAGUUUAAAGAGAAGGAACUAAAUCUUGAAAGUAGCAGUCAAGGAGGGUGGGAUUGCAGUAUACUCUCAAAGGAAGACAUGGAAACAAUUUGGUUAAAAAGGCGAGACGCCCUAAUGAAAAGAGAGCGCAUGAAGAAAUACUCAUUCUCUCACAGGGAGAGAAUGAACACUUAUUUUCUGCAAGAUUCAUUAACCAAUAAGGAAUCUAUCACACAAAGCCGAAGGCUAGAACCCUUGGAAGGAAAGGAGAUGUCAAGGCCAGUUUUUAGUUCAAAGAAGACUAAUAGUGAGAUGCAUGGGACAAUGCAAGUAAAAAUGAAAAACGCAAGGCGCAGAGAGUUACUAGAAGGAAUGAGUACAGAGUUCCCUCUAUUGAGGAGCUCGUUUUCGCUUGAGAAAUGGAAUUCUUUUGGUGAUGAUUGUUUGAUGCCAAGCUCUCCGGUUUUCCCAACUUACAUGGCCGCGACCGAAUCUGCGAGGGCGAAGACCAGAUCGACGAGCAUACCGAAGCAACGAGUUGGAUUCUGGGAUGGUUGUUUGAAUGGAAAUUUUCCACAUAAGAAUAAGAUCUCUCUUUGGUCUUCUUAUGAUGGUGAAUCGAUUUGGCGUAAUUGAAAAGAUGCUUACGUGAAUACGUACUUGUUUCAAUAUAACACACUGAAGUUGAAGGCACUUUCCUUAAGUCUCCAACAUUUUCUUUUAGAAAAAACAAUUUCAGGAAACUUCUCUGAGGACAAUUUUAUGAACUUUUCAUUGCUGCUACAACUGAAUCAAACUGUU